GGUCAGCGGCGGCGGCUCGGCCGGGUCCACCAUGGCGGGGCUGAGGGCCGGCGCGGUGGCGCUGGCGGCGGCCGGGCGGCGUUGGCGGCGCUCCCCGCAGCAGCUGCUGUGUUCGCUGAAGUGUGCUCCAGUCUAUUCACAACAGUGCCUUCUUGUGUCCCAGAGUCCCAGUUCUGUGGGAUGUGAGCCUAAAGAAAAAAUUUUCGAUAAAAUUCUCAUUGCUAACAGAGGAGAAAUUGCAUGUAGGGUUAUUAAAACAUGCAAGAAGAUGGGCAUCAAGACAGUUGCCAUUCACAGCGAUGUUGACGCCAGCUCUGUUCAUGUGAAAAUGGCGGAUGAGGCUGUCUGUGUUGGCCCAGCUCCCAGCAGUAAAAGCUACCUCAACAUGGAUGCCGUCAUGGAAGCCAUUAGGAAAACCAGGGCCCAAGCUGUUCAUCCAGGUUAUGGCUUCCUGUCAGAAAACAAAGACUUUGCAAGGAGUUUGGCAGCAGAAGACGUCACUUUCAUUGGGCCUGAUACUCAUGCUAUUCAAGCCAUGGGUGACAAGAUAGAAAGCAAACUAUUAGCCAAGAGAGCAAAGGUCAACACAAUCCCUGGUUUUGAUGGAGUAGUGAAGGAUGCAGAUGAAGCUGUCAGAAUUGCAAGGGAAAUUGGCUACCCUGUGAUGAUCAAGGCCUCAGCGGGCGGCGGAGGGAAGGGCAUGCGCAUCGCGAGGGACGACGAGGAGGCCAGGGAAGGUUUUAGAUUUUCAUCCCAAGAAGCUGCUUCUAGUUUUGGUGAUGAUAGACUGCUAAUAGAAAAAUUUAUCGAUAACCCUCGUCACAUAGAAAUCCAGGUUUUAGGUGAUAAGCACGGCAAUGCUCUGUGGCUUAACGAGAGGGAGUGCUCCAUCCAGAGGAGGAACCAGAAGGUGAUAGAGGAAGCGCCAAGCAUUUUUCUGGAUCCUGAGACUCGCCGAGCGAUGGGAGAGCAGGCUGUGGCUUUGGCUAAAGCUGUGCGGUACUCCUCUGCUGGAACUGUGGAAUUUCUUGUGGACUCCCAGAAGAAUUUCUACUUCUUAGAAAUGAAUACAAGACUCCAGGUUGAGCACCCCGUCACGGAAUGCAUUACCGGCCUGGACUUGGUCCAAGAAAUGAUCCGUGUUGCUAAGGGUUACCCUCUCAGGCACAAGCAAGAGGAUAUUCCCAUCAGCGGCUGGGCAAUUGAAUGUCGUGUUUAUGCCGAGGACCCCUACAAGUCUUUCGGUUUACCGUCUGUUGGGAGGCUGUCUCAGUACCAGGAGCCGACACAUCUACCUGGUGUCCGAGUCGACAGUGGCAUCCAGCCAGGAAGUGACAUCAGCAUCUAUUAUGACCCUAUGAUUUCCAAAUUGAUCACAUAUGGGUGUGACAGAGCAGAAGCGCUGAGGAGGAUGGCAGACGCCCUGGAUAACUACGUGAUCCGAGGUGUCACGCACAACAUCCCGCUGCUCCGGGAGGUGAUAAUCAACGCGCGCUUUGUGCAGGGAGACCUCAGCACUAAGUUUCUCUCCGAUGUCUAUCCCGAUGGCUUCACAGGACACACGUUAACACGGAGUGAGAGAAAUCAGUUAUUGGCCAUAGCAUCAUCACUGUUUGUGGCGUCCCAGUUACGAGCUCAGCACUUUCAAGGGCCUUCAAGAGUGCCAGUUGUUAAGCCGGAAGUGGCUGAGUGGGAGCUCUCCAUAAAGUUACACAGGGAAGACCACACUGUGGUGGCAUCGAACAGCGGGUCAACAUUUGCCGUGGAAGUUGAUGGGUCGAAACUAAAUGUGACCAGUACGUGGAACCUGGCGUCACCCUUAUUGUCUGUCAACGUUGAUGGCACGCAGAGGAUUGUACAGGUAAAUGUGCACAUGAUUUACCUAGAAGGCUUCAGUCUCCAUGUGGUUAAUCCUGACAUAAUAAGGAAGAGCUCAUUUCACAGACUAGAUUUUCAUUGUGUGGCCACACUGUCAACGCGUUCUCAGGCAGCUGACUCACCCAGCCUUCGGCUUUGUGUGGCUUCUCUGUCCACCUGCUCACAGCAGGCCGCCCUCAGGCCUGAGGCGUGGCUAAACACCCCUGAGCACUUCUGA